CCUUUGUUGGCUUGAUUUGCAUAUUGCUGAGUUCGUUGCUCUAUGUUUUGUUGCACCCUCUCAUGUAGUUGCUUAACCACUUCAGCCUUCUUUUUCUCAUCCAAAGUAGCUUGUUCUGGACAUCAUGUUUGGUGAGAUUAAAGACAAAAUGGACAAGCAAGAUGCAGCGAUAGCCAAGUUAUACCAAACACAAAGUGGAAGUCCGAAUUUGCGUAGGAAUGAUGCUAAUGACGAUUUCAAUGAUGAUUAUGAAGAUGCACUCAACAAUGACGCCCAGAACUCUAAUUUCAGCAUGGACAUAAUUAUGAGAGGUAGAGGGGGCCAAAGAGAGCAAAAUCUGAUGAGGUGGGGAGAUCGGCAAGAUCAUGACUUAGGUAGCAUCAAGAUGAAGAUUCCUCCGUUUCAAGGCAAAAAUGAUCCAGAUGUGUAUUUGGAGUGGGAAAAGAAGGUGGAAUUGGUGUUUGAUUGCCAUAACUAUUCUGAGGAGAAAAAGGUGAAACUAGCAGCGGUGGGAUUUACUGAUUACGCUGUGGGCCUUACUCAAGGGUCCAGAAGGGUUGAGGAUUAUCACAAGGAGAUGGAAAUCACAAUGGUUAGAGCGAAUGUCAAAGAGGAUAGAGAAGCAACAAUGGCACAGUUUCUGCAUGGUUUAAAUCGUGAUAUAGCUAAUGUGGUAGAACUGCAGCAUUAUGUUGAAUUAGAGGAUAUGGUGCACAUGGCAAUGAAAGUAGAAAGGCAACUCAAGCGUAAAGGUGCCACCACCAGAACUAGGCAAAAUCCAGGUUCCUCAUUUUCUUGGAAACCAAAUUGGAGCAAAAAGGAAGAAAAUUCUGCUUUUAAGCCUAAAACUUCAGCAUCUAAGUCAAAAGACGUUGGCAGCAGUGAGAAGAGUAAAACUGACAAGGAUGGAGAAAUUGAAACAGAGGGUGAAUCUGAUGAUGACUCUAUGCCACCAUUGGAAGAUGCUGAUGAUGGCAUGGAAUAUGCUGUUGAUGGAGAACUGCUUGUCACCAGACAUGCUUUGAAUGUCCAAGCCAAAGAAGAUGAUGAUGUACAACGUGACAAUAUAUUUCACACGAGGUGCCAUGUCAAAAAGAAGGACUUCAAGGAUGUGUUUCCAGAUGAUGUUCCUAAUGGUUUACCACCAAUAAGAGGAAUCGAGCAUCAAAUUGACUUCAUUCCUGGUGCAACAAUUCCAAACCAAUCAGCAUAUCGAAGCAAUCCCAAUGAGACGAAAGAACUUCAAAGGCAGGUCGAAGAACUCAUGAAAAAGGGACAUGUGAGAGAAAGUAUGAGUCCAUGUGCAGUUCCAGUGCUACUUGUGCCUAAGAAGGAUGGGACUUGGCGUAUGUGCGUUGAUUGUCGUGCGGUCAACAAAAUCAUUGUAAAGUAUCAUCACCCUAUUCCUAGAUUAGAUGACAUGUUAGAUGAUGAUGGGAAUCAAGAUGACCCCACAUGUACCACGUCAAGAGAUCCAUUACACAUUCCAGGAGGUCCAGUCACGAGAGCUAGAGCUAGGAAGAUGUGAGAAGCUUUAAAUGGCCUUAUUGAGCAGAUCUGGGUUGAUAACAACAUGCAAGAAGUAAAUCAAAGCUUGGAUGAUUAUCAAGGCAUGACAAACAUCAUUCAGGUUCAAGAGAAGCUUAAUUGAGGUCAUUUAUGCUAAAUUACACAGUUUGCGUGUCGCAAUUCUGUCGCAAUUUGUAACAAACUGAUAUUUCAUGU